AUGGCAUCACCUUUACAGAAAUCUCAAACGCAUGAUGACCGAGUGCGUGGAUCUCGCAAAGUGAAAGUCACUGUUUUGGCAUCUGAAUGGGGACCAAGUAAUGGGGGGCUUUCUACCAUUAACAGAAAAUUAGCCAUUCAGUUAGCCAAGUUCCCUGAAGUGGAAAUAACUUUUUUUUUACCAAAAUGCAGUCAAGAGGACAAAAACGUAGCCCUUGACCACAAAGUAAAGAUCGUAGAGGCAACGCCACUUUCUUGUUUUGAACAGCUUGAUUGGCUUUGCUUUCCACCAGACGAUUUGGAAAUCGACAUAGUUGUUGGUCAUGGAGUUAAACUUGGUAAACAAGGGCAGGUCAUUAAAAAAUGUAAAACGUGCAAAUGGGUUCAAGUGGUGCACACAGACCCUGAGGAACUUGGGAUGUUUAAAAGCUAUUCCCGCCCAAUUUCAAAGGGUGAAGAAAAGCACAGGAACGAAGUAGAACUGUGUGAAAUGGCUGAUCAUGUUGUAGGAAUUGGACCCAAGUUGAGCGAGGCCUUUCGCUCGUAUCUUUCUGGUUGUAAUAAAGAUGGUAACGUCUUUGAACUCACUCCUGGUGUAUUUGAAGAGUUUGAGACUGUAAAGCAAGUCAGCCGAAGCGAUAGGAAACAACGCAGAGUCUUGGUGUUUGGUAGUGGAGACGUAGAAGAUUUUAAAUUAGAGGGAUUUGACAUCGCUGGGAAAGCGAUUGCUGCAUUACAAGAUACUCGUCUUGUUUUUGUUGGGGCACCGGAUGGAAAACACGAAGAAAUUGCGAAGCGGUUUAUGGAGUAUGGUGUUCCCGCAGGUCGAUUGAACGUAAAAGGAUUUGUUCGAAACCGAGAGAGUUUAGAGCGCUUAUUGCCACAAGCGGAUCUUGUACUCAUGCCUUCAAGAACAGAGGGAUUUGGUUUAAAAGGACUCGAGGCAAUGUCAGCUGGUCUACCUGUGCUUGUCAGUCGUAACUCUGGCUUUGGAGAAGCACUGCGUAGUGCAGCUUUUGGUUCAGCGUUUGUGAUUGAGUCAGAGGAUCCCACAGUGUGGACCGCAGCCAUUCAAAAGAUCUGGAACAAGGACAGGGAAUGUCGACUUGAGGAAGCAGUGAACUUGCGUGAUUCCUAUGGCAGGAAAUACAACUGGGCCAAACAGAUAAAGGAGUUAGUUGACAAGAUGAUCAGCCUGACUCAUGGUAGGAAUGUCAACUAUAUUUUCUUCAGUGGCACAUUACAGUGCCGUAGCAUGUGGAGGGGCCGGGGGGGACUGGGUCCCCCAAUAAUUUUGACAGGCACGUUUAAUUUGGUCAGCGGCCACGCUCUUUACGCUGCUCUUCGGUUCAAUGUGUUUAUUUCGGUUCGAUAAAGCGUGAAAGUUAUUUAUUUAUGGCUUCAACAGCUAAAAAUUCGGCUGGAAAUUAAUGCUUUCGGGAAGGCUGAAACUGCUAUUUAAGAGACCCUAUAUUAUAAAAUCUUCCGGGGGAGCAUGCCCCCAGACACCCCUAGCCUUCGGUACUCGUUAUUGCCUCCCCCCACCAAUAAAUCUAACCUUGCUUCCGCACUGCAUUAUCAGGUAACAAUAGAGAGAAAAGUGAAAAGAAACAAAAAUAGGAUCGCUUACAAGUUUUGCCCUGAAGUCUUGAUAAAAAUGUUCGUGGAUCUGAACCUUAUGCUGAAAACAUCACAACUGUAACGUUUAAUUGUGAUUUCUUCAGGUAAAUUGUUUUCAGCAGAAUAGUCUGUGGAGAGCGAUCGUCAUACCUUCCGGUCAUAGUCUUUAUCUGCAGCACUUCACAUGAUUAUAGUUAUACACACAUAAUCCCUGCAAUAGCAUGUUUUCUCCAUUUUGUUGCAGCAGAAGAUUCUCUAAAGGCCCGGAGUUCCUUAGAAUCAAAGUGCAACGCUUCUCAGAGGAUGGAAGCCAUGACUGACGACCAUGAAGGUAUCUUCGUAGACAGCAAGCGUAGAAAUCAUUUCUGUCUAUUUUUAACCAAGUGUGAGCAGCACGGAGGCGCGCGAGAGCGAGCAGAAAUAGAACACCGGCCGCUGAGCUUCUAUCCCAGGAAUACACAAUCUAAUAUAUGUACCUGGUUUUUUUGAAAACCGGGUUAGCAACAAUUUCAACUCAUUCUACUACUUGGCAAUUUAAAACAAUAAAACUCAUUCAAAGGCCGAUUAAAAGCCUUUAUCUGACGCCGGGCAGUAAGUUACUGGUCCCUAGAAGCAUUCCAACGAGUCAAAAUUUAAAAUGACGCAUAUUUUAAAACAUUUUUUUAAAUCUGACUUCGUGAAGUUUCAAACUGGUGUCAUUUCAGUCUAGAAAUUUUUAAGUUGAGUGAACUGCGGCGAAAGAGUGCCCGGCUAAGGCUUACAUAACAACUUAAAUUACAUAAUUGACAAAACACUACUUUUUUCGCGGUCCGAUAGACGACAGGAAUUUAUUUUGGGAAUUGUCACCCCCCCUCCGGUUAUUUCUAAUGGUCCGUCCCUUAAAGUUGCAAACACUUUUCAGGCAAUAGUUCUUGGUUUUGCCUCAUAUUUCAAUGUCACAUAGUACCCUGUCAUCACUAUACACUUAGAGCACACGCGAAGAAUAUGAGGAUGAUUACGCCUUUGAAAUUAAAGUGCUUUUUUUACCAAAUGAGCUCGCCGACAGAGAACAUACAUGUACGAGAGAAUCGUGAGAGACAUUCUAACGAAUUUAGAGUUGCUCCUUUGUGAUUUCUGUGCAAGUUAUUAUGCCCAUGAAAUUUCCGCCCCAGGGAGGAAUGAGCACCCCUGGAAUUGACUGAGCCUUAAGUUUCAGUUAUAAUAACCAAAACUUGUUUUUGCAGGGCCUUCUAUAGAAAUUGACAACAACCAAAGAACAAACUCUUAUCACGACGAGCAGAUUGUUUCAGAAACGCCCCAUAGUAGUGACUGUGCAAUGAAAGCUGAUGCUACAUCAGGAAAUCCGACUAAACUAUCCACGGAUACAGACUCUCAGUCUCAAAAUAGCCGUAAGCGUAAAAUGUCAGAAUUCUCUAGUAAUCCAGGUAUGCAAAAACAUGAGUUGUUUUUCUUGCUA